UUAUUUUCAGAGGAUAUACUUGAUUUCUAUUUAAGUGUGAAAAAUCGCAUGUAAAGCCUUUAAAGCAGAAAUGUGUGCGUUGAUGAUAUUUAACUGAAUGUACGCUCAGUGUCCAGUUUAUUUGUUCCUCUAAUAUGAAUUAUAAACAACUUUUUACAAACUGAGCAGUUAAAAAUACUCACUAGUAACUAAUUAAGGGUUAUUGAUUCGGAUUAGUGCGAGUGGAAUUUUUUCCUCAUGUAGAAAUUCACUGUGAAAUGUAAUGAUUAUAUCCCUUUGUUAAUGUCCUGUAUUUAUAUUUCUUGUGAUUUUUUAUAAUGAUAUGGAUGUAUGGGUCUGAAAUAAAGUAUAAAGAAUCACAUCACAGACUUUGAGAACGAUGAUUAAAACACAUGUGGAGUCUCAGAGACCCAGAAACAGAUUUCUGUUCUGACAACCCAAACAAGUCAACCCUUCAAAAUCAUGUUUAUAAACCAUUCUAAUAAAUUAACUUGAGGGCUUUGAGGUCACCAUCACCCCAUACUGACGUUCAUUUAUUUACCUACAGUUUGAUUAACUGUGGUCUCCGACCUGCAAGAGGCUUUUUAAGUGCUCCUCAGUAUCGUCUUUUUUAAUGUUUUAUCAUGCUGUAUUUUACUUUUCAGAGCUCCAGGAUGAUUCACGUUUCCAACAGACGGUCCCUUCACUAUCAGCAUGGUGCCUUCACUGACCUGGUGUUCUACACUGAUGUCUUCCUCGCCCUGAUGAACUCAUGUAGAGCUCAGUCUGAGGUGAUCGUUCCAUCUCAGCCAGUAGUUUCAUUGGUGGGUGAAGACGUUAUUCUGCCAUGUCACCUGGACCCCGUCAUGAAUGCUUUUGACAUGACUGUGGAGUGGGCGAGACCUGACCUGAACCCCAGAUUUGUCCUGGUGUGGCUUCACGGCCAAGAACUGAAGACUAAAAAACAUCCGUCCUUCAGUGGAAGAACAUCAGUGUUCAUUGAUGAGCUGGAGAAGGGAAACAUCUCACUGAAACUCUCCAAAGUUAAAGUCUCUGAUGAGGGAGGAUACAAAUGCUUCAUGCCUACAUUGUCAAAAACCUCCACUGUUCAGCUUGUUGUAGGUUCUGUCUCCUCACCUGUUGUUCAGAUGACCAAAAACAACAAUGGAGUGUUGUUAGAGUGUGAGUCUGCAGACUGGUAUCCAGAGCCAGAGAUGUUUUGGCUGGACGGCGAGGGAAACCUCCUCUCUGCUGAACCCACUGAGACAGUCAGAGGUCCUGAUGGUCUCUACACUGUCAGCAGCAGAGUGACUGUGGAGAAGAGACAUGGGAGGAAGUUCACCUGUAGAGUCACACAGAGGAAGAUCAACCAGACCAGAGAGAAGCACCUCACUAUUCCAGAUCAUCUCUUCAUGUUCCCCAGCACUGUUGUUAUCGGCGCUGUGAUUGGCUGUGCUGCUUUGCUGUUCAUUCCUGCGAUCAUCUUUGUUGUGUGGAAAUGGAGACAAAAGAAAUUCAAAAACAAGAAGAGGAGACAUGAGGAUGGAAGUGAACACUCUGAGGAAGAAAAGCUAGUCACAUCUAAAAGUGAUAAAACAGGAUUUCAGGUUGUGAAUGAAGAAAAAGAAGAAAGACUUCACCUCAUUUCAGUUAAAGAAAAGAGAAUAAUGCUGACAAAACAGGAGAAAAGAGUGAGUCUGAAGAUGAGCUUGUGACAGAACCAGAGCCAGUAAAAGACAUCGUCUCUGCAGCAGGAGAACGUGAAAUGAAGGAAACAGAUCUACCUGUGAUUCUAAAAGAAGAAACAAACCAAGAGCAGGAACAGGGACAAAGACGAGAAACAAAUGAUGGAGACGAGAAUGAAGAGGAGACAGUGAAACCAGUUAGAGACGAUUCAGGACUUUCAAUACAAAUAAAAAACAUCAACACUGAUCAGAAGAUGGAGAGGGAAGAGACACAGCAAGAGGCAGUGAGUGAAGAAGAUGAGAAAGAGACAAAAACUGAGAAAGAGAAACCAAAGAAAAUAGGAGGCUCUGGAUCAACAGGACAGAAGACGCAAAAGGAGAACUGGAGAGAAGAAAUCAAACAAGACACUUACAAAGGAGCAGUCAGUAAUAAAAAUACAAAAAAGGUCAUGGAAACACAAAGCAAAUAUAAAAUGAGAAGAGAAGAAACGAAGAGACGAGCAGCUGAACGCAGAAAAACAAAAAAUAAUAAAGCUGGAGGAGUCACAGAGGAGGUAGAGGAGGAAGUAGAGGGUAAGAGGAACUGCAGGAGUGCCAACAUGUCACAUGGAGGAUCAAACCACAUAGAACGCAAGAGAGCAAUGAGGACCAGGAAGAUUUGGAAAAAAACAGUGAAGAAACAUGAUUUUCUCCAAAAUAUAAAACGGUACCAGGAUGAGGAAGAGGGAGAUGUUAGUAUGGAGUCUGAAGAAGAAACUUAAGAAGAGAAAUAUUAAACCAAAACAUGUGAUUGGACUCCACAUGAGGAAGAAGCUUUGAGUAAAGAAGAGAAGGGAGAUGAGCUGAAACAGAAAACAGUCGACAUUAGGCGACUCAGCAGAGAAGAGGAACUGAAUGAUGGAGCGCUGAGCAGCUUAUUUAUCUUUUUCAACAAAUCAUUAGAAGAGGAUUUUUGGAUUUUGAAAUUGGCAAAUCAAUCACAAAGAAAACAGUGAGAUGUGGAAUUAUUUUUAGACGUUUUUCAUCUACGUUUUAUCAAAAUGCCAACCUGUGCAUCCAACAACAUGGCAGACAUUUUUAAAAUUCAGUGACUGAUAUGAAGUUACACUAACAGACAGCGAGCAUGAAAUGUGGACCUCAAAUUCACUUUACAACUUCUUUCAUUCAUCAUUUACCUGUUUGCAUUGUUUACCUCUCAUCAACUGUCACUGUGUCAAACUAUUUAUUUAUUUUUUAUUAAAUCUAGCUCACUGCGA